AUGUGUCAUCCUGUUCCAGUGAUCUUUUUGACUUCGCUAGCACCAGGUGCUGCAACAAUUCGUAAUACUGAGGAGGCUUUUGAUGUUAGUUGCAUUCCACAGUGUUUGGAGUAUGAACACUCGCCGGCAUCUUUUGAAGGAGUGAUAAUAUUCACCGCACGGAAUCUCGUAACAGCGAUGUCUUACAACAUAUUUCCAACACUACCCACACCACGUCGCUUUGGUCGUGCUACAUCGCAGCCGCAUCACAUCGGCAACCGUACCGAUCACGGCAUCUCCACAACCUCGCAUGUACAAUUACCGAUGGACAUGCCGCAUUCGUACAUCACCGACUCGUACCAUCGAAGACAGCGGCAUUGGUCGGCAUAUUGGAAGUGA